AUGACUACGGACAGAUGGCUGCUUCUGGAGGAGAAGAUCUUGCGGGCACUAGUGGACGAACUCGCAUGCAGUGAGGAUGAUUCCUUCACAGCAUUCGACGGCGCCAAAUGGUUAAAGGGUGUCAAGAUCAUCGGGUGCGGUAACGAGAAGGCUCUAGGCUUUCUCAGUAACUGUAUCCGAGGAGUUGGCGAACUCUGGCCCAACGCAAGAAUCGAAAUCGUCCCACUGGAUCAAGUACCUUUUCGUACGACGGUGAGAGUGUGGGUCCCUCCUCCCCUUUUGGAGGACGAAUCCACGCUAACACUUAUAAAGCGUCAGAACAAGGAACUUGGUACAGAGGACUGGACGAUUGAACGAGGACGCUCUAGGGACAAAGGAGAAGGCAAGGAUCUCUGGAUCAAAAUUGGUUCAGAAUCCCUCCGACUCACAGAGGGGCCAAACAUACUAAUUUUGCGGAUUAAUUGA